UUUCGCUGUGGUUUUGCGUUUUUCAUUUGAACAAAAUCUGGCUGUUUAGUAUUUGUUUACUGGUUUGUGUAGUUCAUUGUUUUUGUUCACGUGCCGCAUGUGAUUUCCUCAAAAGCUCUACUUUAAUCUUUAUAAUGUGAUUUAGUCAUAUCGAAAGUUACCUACUGAUUUUAUUACUAAAAUCCAAUUUACGUCUGAUAUCUGUGUGAGCUAUCGGAAGUCACAGUGAACAGCCAUAAAAAUAAUUUGUCACUUAUUUGGAAUACAUUAUGUUACAUUAGAUGAACCACCAGUUAUAGUAAACUGAGAUAAUGAGUUUGCUGUAUCAUAUUUAUAAGAUCUAUAUGAAAUUUUGGACGGACUAAACUGAUACUACCACCUAUCCACUCACAAAAUGGAUAAAAAAGAAGAAAUAAAGGAGCACAAACCAGAUCUUACGAAUAAUACUAAAAUGAGGGAAUAUUGUGGGAAUAGUAAUAAUGUAGAAAGUACAAAUGGAACUUUAGAAUCAGUGCCAACACAUCCUACAAUUAAUGAUUUUAUUAAAAAUAUUAGAGAAUUACAAAUAAUUACACCGGAAGAGAAACACAAUGAUGAAACAAGAGGAAAACCUCAAAAUAAUUAUGUUUGUACUGAGGAACUAAAACAGUCAAAAGAAUUUUCUAAAUAUGCAUUUACUGAAGACCAAACAUCUGUUGCUCAUAAAUUUAACCAAACAUCAACACCUCAAUAUGUGUUUGGGCAUCCAGCAGUAACACAGCCAUCUUCAUCUGAGAAUACAGCUAUAUUUAAUAGUUCUGAAUUAAUGACCCUGUUUAGUGACACUUGGAAAUUGGGAUCAUCUCCUACACAAAAUAAAAUGGCUACAAUGGCUGCAUUGAAAUCAUCAUUUUCUGAAAAGAAAUCACAGACAAAUUCACCCACAGCUAAAACAGAAUUAAAACCUAUAAAACCCAGUUUUACUACAGAUCAACAAAAUGCUAUAUCUUUUUUUGUGUUUGGAGGCCAGAAGACUCUAGGAUCUAUAUAUAAUAAAAAAUUUAUAUCGCAUUGUAAAUUUGGGUCUCCGCAAGCAACUAUGAAGUCUUCAUCUGAGAAUACUGCUUCAGUACAAAGUUUGUUUCAUAAGACUGCAAAAAUGUCAACAUUAUAUUCUGGUUCUAGAAAAUAUGAAACAUCAAGAACACAGAAGAAAACUGUUAAACCCUCUGAAAUUCUGAAUUCACCCACAGCUAGUACUACAUUUAAAACUGUUAUACCUACAUUCUGUACAGCUCAACAGAAUGAUACAUCUUUUUAUGUUUUUGGAGGCCAGAAAAAAUCUACAACUCUAUGCAUAUUUAGUCCACCAUCAGCAACAACAAUCACUACAUCUGAGAAAUCUGCUUCAGCAGAAAGCUUAUUAAAUAAAACAGUAUUAAUGACUUUGUUUGAUGAAACUUUGAAUUUUGGAACAUCUACAACGCCAACCCCAAAAUUAUCCUUGGCAAACUCUACAGUAAUUUCGUUUCCAUUUAACGGUAUAUUGACACGACAAGCACAAUUAGUACUCACCAGAACAAGUUAUGAGCUCCAGAAGAUUAAAAUAAAUUUGUACAAAUAUGAAGACUAUAAAAGUGCAAUAGCCAUGUUUGUAGAUGCAAUACACUUAUGUCCAGAUCAUGUUCCAUUUUAUGCCAUAAAAUGUCACUAUUACAUGAAACUGGGGAUGUACAAAGAAGCAAUGAAAGACGCACAGAAAAUCAUCGAGUUCGAUUCUGAGUCCACUUACGGUGUUAUUUAUUUGGCUAAAUGUUAUAUUGCCUUAGGUUAUAUACCUGGCGCUCCGAAGGAUAUCAGUACGGACGAUAUGCAAAGUUUGCUCCAGGGACUUGAGGAGUUGUUUGAGCUGUACAUUAACAUACAACGUGCUACUUCGCUGGACGACUACACCGGUGCUCUCGCGUCCACAGACCGGUUUCUCGAACUGUGUCCUUCGAGCAAAGUGAAAGCUUCAAAGGCUACAUGUUUGGCAAUGCUUGGGCAGUUCGAGCAAGCCUUGGAGAUAGCAGAAGAAUGCCUGCUAAGCGACGUGUCUGAACCCGAUGCUCUUAACGCGAAAGGACUCUGUUAUUAUUACAACGGCCAAUUCGCACAGGCAGUUGACUAUUUUAAACAAGUAAUAACUUUGUGUCCAUCGCACUGGGGAGCGAUUGAAUCAUUGAAGAAAACUAACAAAUUCAUGAGUUUGUCAGAAGAAGGAGCGGAAGCCCUGAAACAGGGUGAUUACAGUAAAGUUAUAAGGUUAAAUAACGUAUUAUUAACUGAUAAGUUAAACAUCAUAACCAACCUUAAACUGUAUUGUAGCAAUGCGGCUAUGUAUUUAAAAUUAAAUGAGUUAAAAUUAGCAAUCGGAGCGUGCACAGCCGCUGUGGGAAUUAACGAAAACUGUGUAGAUGCUCUACGAAUGCGUGCUAAAUGCUAUAAUAAACUUGGGAAAUAUGAGGAUGCUGUCAGAGACCUCGAGAAGGUUAGAGACAUCAGUAGGAGCGUAAAUAACUGUUUAGAGGGAGCCCAGAUAUUAGCUGUAAAUAAAGAGAAAGUAUUAAUGGUUUCGGACGUGGAACGCUUGGUCGAAAGUCAAAAAUUUAAGGAAGCACUGAAGCUAGCGGACGAUUAUCUGCAAAAACACAAAUAUCAUACAGAACUUCUGUACACUAAAGGAUUAUGCUUUUACUAUAUGGGCGAAUACGAAAAAGCACUUGAAAACUUUCUCCAAGUAUUAAAUAUUCAACCGAAACACGGCAAGGCCCUCCCACAGUUCAAAAAAACAGUAUCGCUGAAACGUGCUUUAGAAAGAGGUAACGAAUUAUUUAAUUCCGGACGAUGGCAAGAAGCUCUGUAUGAAUUCAAAAAAGCGUUAGAAAUUGAUAUUGGCAACUUGAAUCUAAUAAUUAAAGUACAUUGUAAGAACGCCGAGAUAUACUUACAAUUAAAUCAAAUAAACGAAGCUAUAAAUGAAUAUGAGCAUGUUCUAACGUUUGAUAAUAAUUGCGUUGAAGCGCUACUUAAACGCGCCAAAUGUUACACGGAGGUUGAAAGAUACGAGUCAGCUAUUAUAGAUUAUGAAAAAAUUACCACUAUUGUUGAUAGCGAAGAAACUAAACAAUCAGCUGGUAACUUCGUUAUAACUCUUAAGGAGAAGCUGGCUCAUAAAGAAAAGGGGGAUUACGCAGAAAUUUUGAUGCAAAGUCAAAAAAUCGAAAAUCUGAAACUAGCUUUGAAAUUUGCAGAAGAAUGUCUGCAAUUUGAUAGUUCUGACAUAAACGCACUUUUUGUGAAGGGAAUGUGUUUGUACUUCAAGGAACAAUAUGAUCAAGCCCUCGAUCAAUUUCAACGAGUAUUGCUACUUAAACCAUCACAUCCAUUGGCGCUCGAGAAAAGUCAAACGAUUCCACCACUUAAAAGAUCCAUAGAGAGAGCUAACAACUCCGCAUUAACCGGUCAAUGGCAAGACGCUUUGGAUCAUUUCAGUGAGGCAUUAACUAUGGAUAUGUGUAAUAAGAAUCUCCGUGUAAGACUGUUUUGUGAAGUGGCUGCAAUGCACUCGAAAUUAAAUCAAAGGUUUAGAGCUGUUGAAGCUUACUCAAAUGCUUUAAUGGUAGACGCAAAUUGUCUAGAUGCACUGCGUGCACGUGCCAAAUGUUACACGGAGGAUCAGAGAUACGAGUCUGCUAUUGAAGAUUAUGAAAAAAUAACCACUAUUGUCGAAAACGAAGAAACUAAACAAUCAGCUCGGUACUCCAUUAUAAGCCUUAAGGAGAAGAUUGCUUUCAGAGAAAAGAGUAAGCACGCAAUGACCUUGAUGGAGACCCAAAAACCUGAGGAUCUGGAAGUAGCUCUGAAGCUAGCAGAAGAGUGUAUGCAAUUCGAUAGUUCCGACACAAACGCGCGUUGCGUGAAGGGGACGUGCCUUUAUUAUAAGGAUGAAUAUGAAAAAGCGCUACAUCAAUUUCAACAAGUACUGAUUCUUAAACCGUCGCAUACAAUGGCGAACGAACUAACCAAAAAGAUUUCAUGGCUCAAACGCACUAUGGAGAAAGCUAACAAUUCAUUUUUAAAAGGUCGAUGGGAAGACGCUUUCUGUCAUUUCUCUGAGGCAUUAACGAUUGAUGCGUGCAAUAGAACUCUCUGUGUUAAACUGUAUUGUAAAAUUGCUGCAAUUCACUCGAAAUUAAAUCAAAAACUACAAGCGAUUGAAGCAUAUUCAAAUGCUUUGAUGUUAGAUGAAAAUUGUACACAAGCACUGUUUGAACGCUCUACAUGUUACAUAGAAGGUAAAAAAUACGAGUCGGCUAUUGAAGAUUUAGAAAAAAUAGCCACUAUUACCGAUCAGGAAGAAACUAAAAAAACAACUCGUUUCUCCAUUACACUCCUUAAGGAGCAGAUUGCUUUCAGAGAAAAGAGUAAGCACGCAUUGUCCUUAAAGGAGAGUACAAGACCUGAGGAACUGGAAUUAGCUCUGAAACUAGCAGAAGAGUGUCUGCAAUUCGAUAGUUCCGACAUAAACGCGCGUUGUGUGAAGGGAACGUGUUUGUUUUAUAAGGAUCAAUAUGAACAAGCCCUAGAAGAAUUUCAACGAGUGCUACUUCUUGAACCAUCGCAUUCAACGGCGCUCAAGGAAUUUGAAAAGAUUACAUGGUUCAAACAAACAAUAGAGAGAGGUAACUAUUCAUUGAUGAAUGGUCAAUGGAUAGACGCCUUGUGUAAUUUUUCUGAAGCAUUAACCAUUGAUAUGUGUAGUAUUAAUAUCCGUGUAAGACUAUUUUGCAAAAAGGCUUCAAUGCACUCGAAAUUAAAUCAAAGGCAACAAGCUAUUGAAGCUUACUCGAAUGCUUUAAUGUUAGAUGAAAAAUGUCUGGAUGCACUGCGUGAACGCGCCAAAUGUUACAAGGAGGAUCAGAGAUACGAGUCCGCUAUUGAAGAUUACGAAAUAAUAUCCACUAUUGCCGAAAACGAAGAAAUCAAACAAUCUGCUCGUAAAUCCUUAACAACGCUAAAGGAGAAGAUUCUUUACUUAAAAAAGAGUCAGCAAGCCGAGACCUUGAUGAGAAGUGAAAAAACUGAAGAACUGGAACUAGCUCUGAAACUAGCAGAAGAAUGUCUUCAAUUCGAUAGUUCUGACACAAAUGUGCUAUGUGUGAAAGGAAUAUGUCUGUAUUAUAAGGACCAAUAUGAACAAGCGCUACAUCAAUUUCAAAAAGUUCUUCUUCUCGAACCAUCACAUUCAACGGCUCUCAAGGAAACUGAAAAGAUAUCAUCGUUCCGAUGUACACUUGAGAAAGCUAACAACUCAGUACUUACCGGUCGAUGGCAAGACGCUUUAGACUAUUUUAAUGAGGCAUUAUUAACAAAUGAUAUGUGCUAUAAGAAACUCCGCGUUAAACUGUAUUGUAAAACGGCUGAAAUGUACUUGAAAUUAAAUAAUACAGUUCGAGCGGUUGAAGCUUACUCGAAUGCUUUAAUGUUAGAUAAAGAAUGCCUGGAGGCACUGCUUGAGCGUGCUAAAUGUUACGCGGAGGAUCAGAAAUACGAUUCUGCUAUUGAAGAUUAUGAAAAAAUAUUCACACAAGCCGAAAACGAAGAUAUUAAACAAUUAGCUUGUAACGCCAUUAAAAGCAUUAAGAGUAAAAUCGCUUACAAAGAAAAAAGUGAGCACGCCAUGACAUUAGUAUCGACUCCAAAACCGAAGGAACUGCAAUUGGCUCAGAAACUAGCAGAAGAAUGUCUACAAUUCGAUAGUUCUGACACAAACGCGCUUUUCGUAAAGGGAACGUGCCUGUAUUAUGAGGACCGAUAUCAAGAAGCGAUCAAUCAAUUUCAACAAAUACUGAAUCUUAAUCCAUCGCAUAAAAAAGCGCUUGAUACAUCUAAAGAUCUUAUUUGGCUCCAAAGUACAAUAGAGAAAGGCGAUCAUUUACUUGAUAUUGGUGGUUGGCAAGUUGCCCUUUAUAACUUAAAUGAAGGAUUGAAGAUUUAUUCACAUAAUACCAGUAUUAGUUCUAAACUGCAUUACCAAAAGGCCUCGUUAUAUUGUAUAUUAAAUAAAAAACAUCAAGCUAUUGAAGCAUACUCAGCUGCUAUUGAGUUAGUAGCAAACAGUCCAUUGGCACUGCGUGACCGCGCACGAUGCUACACAGAGGUUGAGAAUUAUGAAGAUGCAAUGGGAGAUUAUAAAAAACUACAUGAAAUAUACCAAGACGAACAAUUAAAACAGUGGACUUUGGACUGCAUUAAAAAUCUUAAGGAUAAGAUGUUUCACAAAGCAAAAAUUGAGUACGCAGAGGCAUUGAUAUUAAGUCAAAAAUCUGAGAAACUUGAACAUGCUAUCAAACUAGCUGAAGAAAGCCUGCAAUUCGAUAGCUCUGACCAAAGAGCUCUCUGUGUAAAAGGAUGCUGCUUAUAUUAUAUGGAGAAAUAUGACCAAGCACUAGAUCAAUUUAAACAAGUACUGCUUAUCAAACCAUCGCAUUCAUUAGCAUUAAAGGAAACUAAAAAGAUAACAGGGCUCAAAAGUACAAUAAAUGAAGCUAAUGAUGCACUUAAGACACAACGAUGGCAAGACGCUUUGGUUACUCUAAAAGCGGCAUUAAACAUUGAUGAAAAUAAUAAAAAUCUGAAGGUCAAACUGUGUUGCAAAAUUGGCAAUGCAUACUUUCAUUUAAAUCAAAAACUUCAAGCGAUAAAAGCAUAUACUGAGGCUCUGUUCUAUGAUGCGAAUUGUAUAAACGCAUUACGUGGACGCGCAAAUUGCUUACCCGAUGUUGGAAAGUACGAUGAAGCUUUGAGAGAUUAUGAAAAAUUGCACGAAAUUGAACAAAGUGACGAAACUAAAAAGUAUUUAGACCAAGCAAAAUCAGCAUACUUAUAUUCCAAAUUCAUUAAAGAAAAAAUCGAAGCAGGAAAUACCUUUUUCGAGCAGAAUAAGUUAAAAGAUGCAUUGCGCAUGUAUAAAGAAGCCGCUGAAUGCAAUCCUGAAAAGACCGAAUAUUAUUAUAACCAAUUUUCUUUGAACAUAGCUAGAUGCUACAUCGGCUUGGGAGACCUAUCUGCGGCUGAGCGAGCGAUUAUUAAAGCUCGUGGUGCUGGCAACGACUGUACGGAUGAUCAGCGAGUCUUGGAAUCACUUCAGCGCUAUCACGCGCAAGCUCAGAAAUAUAUCGACGAACAGAGCUACGACCGCGCUAUAUCAAGCAUCGAUAAAUGCCUUGUAUCCAGUCCAUUUAGUAACAAAGCAAAACUCAUAAAAGCUGAGUGUUUAGUGAAGCUUGGGAAAAAUGAUCAAGCGCUACAGAUAGCCGAAGAAUGUAUAAGAUCAGAUCAUUCCGACGUCGAAGCUGUUUUUGUAAAAGGGAUAUGCCUUUAUUAUAAUGAAAAACUUCAACAGGCUUUGAAAUACUUUAAAGAAGUAUUGCGACUUUCGCCGGAUCACGCGCAGGCUGCGGCGACAUACAAAAAGGCUAAGUUGCUGGAUGAAAAGAAAAUACAAGGCAACGAUGAAUUCAAAAAAGGCCAAUGGCGCAAAGCAUUAGGACUGUACGAAGAAGCCUUAAAAAUUGACGCAACGCAAGUUAAAGUCAAUAGUAAACUUCACUUUAACAGAGCGGCCGUGUACGUGAAACUGAACCAAACGCACGAGGCGGCCGAGGCUUGCAUAAAGGCUCUGGAGUUAGAUGAAAAUUAUGUCAAAGCCCUCAAUCUGCGUGCUAAAUGCUUCACCGAACUCAAAGACUAUGAUUCUGCUGUUGAAGAUUACGAACACCUCAAAAAAAUCGAUCCAAGUGAUGAAAUCGAGAGACUCUUGCGCGAAGCCAAACUAUCCCAAAAGAAAGAAUCGAAGCGCCAAAAUUACUAUCAUAUCCUCGGCAUCAAUUUAAAUGCGACUAAAUCUGACAUUGUUCAGGCAUACAAGAAACUCGCCAUGAUCCAUCACCCAGACCGUCAUGUGGAUCGUUCGGAAUUUGAGCGCAAACGGCAGAAGCGUCGCUUUCAACUUGUUUCUGAGGCGUACAAUGUUCUCAGUGAUCCCAACAGACGGCACAAGUACGACGCCUAUGAAGGUUACGAUGACCAAAAUUUUAACGAAUACAAUGACGAAGACGUUGAUUAUUACGAGGACGAAGACGAUGAUGACUACGAGGAUUUAGAAGACUACGAAGAAGAUGAUGACGAAUAUGAAGACUUAAACGACUGUGAGGAAGAAGAUGAUGAAUACUAUGACGACGAAGACGAUGAAGACUAUGAGGACGAGGAUGAUGAAGCCUACGAGAACGAGGAGGCCGAAGAACUUGAGGACGAAGACGAGAAAGAAGAGGCUGAUGCGGAUGACAAAGAAGAGAUCGACGCAGACGAGAAUGAAGAGGCUGACGAAGAGACCGGCGCAGACGAGAAUGAAGAAACCGACGCAGAUGAGAAAGAAGAGGCUGACGAAGACGUAGACACUGACGGAGAGAACGAUGAAGCUUUUUUUCGACCUAUAUUACAUACCCCUUGCCUUUAGCCAUGAUGGCAGGCUUAGGCUGCCUUUAGAUGACGUGCAAACAUUCGCGGUCGAAUCAAAAACUUUCUCGCCGCAUUCAAGCAAAACGCAAAUAAAAAAUGUGCAUUAUAUUAUAAACACAACAAAAUUUAAAUACCUUGGAAUCACCCAAUCACUGCAUAUGUUAUUAUUGGUUAUUGAGUAAAUAAAUUCAUGCAUAUAUUUUGUCGGCAACGUAUGCAUGAAUGCGGAAGUCAAUAGGGACGUUCGCAUACUUUUGCGUCCUCUAACUGGAGCUUUAGGUCUGGGAUCACCGGGGAAGUUUGCUUUCCCGCAAGAUGGCUAAGAAGAUAAGGAGGCUCUUACCUCGAGGCCCUUCCCUGCAGAACUUACGCUCUGAAGGUGGUCUUCCUUCUCAUUUAGCCGUUAAGCCUUUUGAAAGGCUUAUACAGGCAAAUAUGGCAGUGCUAAAACAUUAUUUGUACUGUACUGUUUACGAGUGUGUAAUACGCAACGAGUUGUUAAAUGAUCCUAAUUUAGAUAAUAUUAGAGUUUCAAAUUCUGUACUAGUGGUUUUUAUUUUACAAAGGCGCUGGCUAGUGGACAAAUAGGAAGUUUCGGACAAGGAAGACACGAUCCACUUUGCUAUGACACUCCAGUGUUUCUAGACUACAAAUGUUAUUGAUUAUGUUAUAUGUACUACACAAUAGCAGCGAUUUCAAGUGAUUUCCGUUUUAAAAGAUGAUUAUUAUAUACACAUCCAAUUUUAAAGUAAGUUAAGGAUAAACAAAAUCGUUAAUAGGCUUAGGCCGGAUCCAAUGAUGUAUAUCAUAUAAUUCAUUUCGGUCCUUUGGUCUGAUCCGAUCACGUUACCAUUCGUUUUAAUUUAUCAAGUUUCAUCAAAGUGUCCAGUUCUGUGUUAGCUUUACUUCGAUGAUCAGAUAAAACAGGCUUGGCAUGGAAUCGGCCGUGUAGCGUAUCGUGCGAGAACGGCCGAGCCAUCUUCAUAUGCGAUCGUGAUACGCGGCAACGAUACGAAUACGGUGAUUGGAUCAGGAACAAUUUAUGCAAAACCUUUGAUAGACAGCUUUGCUGGAAUAUCGCCAAACGAAAAUUCUUCUUUUAUCAUUAAGGGCUGAUUUUUCAAAUGCCAGAUUCACUGAGGUAUAU